AAAAAAAAAAAGAAAAAAAAAAAAAGAUUUUAUCAUGAACUUUAAUACAUCAUAGUUUAAUCAUUAGUUUUGGUCUUUAAGACCUAUAAGAGUUUUUUUUACAUUUAUUUUCUAUUACUUUGCGAACUGGAGGACGUUUAAGAAUUUAAUAAGGAAAUAUAUCCGCUGACAAACACCAGAAAGUUGAAAUGAGGAUCAUUUCGCUAGUUGUCGUGGCGUUAGCCGUUUUAGUAUCAGGAAAUAUUUCGGCCCAAACCACAGAGAGAUAUAACAUUUCUGCAAUAGGACAACCGUUGAUCGAUUUGGGGAACAAACUCAGCCUCCCAUAUCUUGACCUUACAGGUAAAAUCAUCAACAGUCUUGCACGAAAACUUCGUGCAGAACUUCGAAAAGACAUAUUACAGGACAUAUGCCGUUUGCAUCCGUGCUCGGAAUGGAGUAAAUGGUCCAAAUGUGAUUACAUUGAACCUAACGAAUACAGACAAUACGGAGGUUCAAACCGCUCAAGAAACUGCGGUUAUAAUACUACACUGUGUGAACGAUAUGAUGAUCGAAAUAUGGAGUAUGAAUUUAAAGUCUGCAAAUGUAGAGAGGACUAUACCAUCACUACCCACGGAUAUUGCAUAAAAUACUUCAGCGGUCCUGUCCACCGGUAUUUUGCAAAAGCAGCGUGUCAUGGUGAUGGCGGAUACCUAAUCAACAUCCGCUCUACAACAAAGGCAAAAGACGUGAAUGACACCCUUGAACGGAUACCUUCAAGUACAAAUUUCUGGAUGGAUGGUCAAAGAAAUGAAAUUUAUGAAUGGGAAUUUGAGAAUCCGCCGGAAGACCCUACCUUCAGUCGCUGGUACUCCAAUAACCCUGGUAAUGGUCUCUGCAAAGCAUAUUGCUAUAACUCAUCAAGCGGCACAAAGAAAUGGCAUUGGUGUGAUGCAGAAUGCACCGGCACAAGACCAUUUAUGUGUGAAAUAGUCGCAUAGACAAUAGAUGCGACGGGGCUGAUGGCUACAACUUAAAAUUAGUGUCUAAUGUUUUUUUUAAAACACAUUCCUGUGACUGAAUGUAAGGAAAGUCUUAUUUACUUGUUAAAGUAACUAUAUAGAUUUUUUCACGUAUCAUUUUCUUUAGAAUUCCCCACAUUUAACAAUAUACAUGUAAUACACUUAUUUUGUAAGAGACAGAGGAAAUACGUCAUUGUAGUCUGAAACAGAAAAAUAUAAUGAUUUGUCUUGAUUUUGUAUCGUCAUCCCGUUGUAAAAUGCUUUCAAUUUAUUUAUUUAUUUUGUUGGAUUUAACGUCGCACCGGCACAGUUAUAGAUCAUAUGGCGACUUUCCAGAUUUGAUGGUGGAGGAAGACCCCAGGUGCCCCUCCAUGCAUUUUUUCAUUACGAGUGGGCACCUGGUUAGAACCAUCGAUCUUCUGUAAGCCAGCUCAGCUGGGUGGCUUCCUCACAUGAAGAAUUCAACGCCCCGAGUGAGGUUUGAACCAACAUCAAUGAGGGACAAGUGAUUGGAAGUCAGCGACCUUAACCACUCGGCCCGGAGGACAUGCAAGUACUUUUUUUUAUA